UUGAAACUCAAAGCAUUAAGUUUAGUAAAUUUUAAAAGAAAAAAAAAUGAAAUAUCUAGUUGCAAUCUUAAUUUUUGCUGCUUUUGCAAAUUCAGAAAUUUUCGACAGACCUUGCCGUACUCCUCAAGAACUUGGUGUCAAAACAGGUUUUCAACCAGUAGCCUAUCUUGGAAUUUGGUAUGAAAUCGAACGAUAUGAACAAUUUUUCCAAGCCGGUGGAGAUUGUGUUAGAGCUCAAUAUACUUUGAAUGGAGAUGGAUCAAUUAAUGUGUUUAAUACAGCUUUUGUAAUUGAAAAUGCAACCAGAAUUGAAGCAGAAGGGAUCGCAAGAAUCUCCUUUCCUGAUGAGGAGCCAUUAAGAGCACAGCUCAAUGUAACAUUCGAUGCUAAUCAACCAAACCUUUCAAACUAUUGGGUUCUCAGCACUGACUAUUCGAAUUAUGCAUUUGUUGUUUCCUGCAUGAAUUUGCAAGAUAACAGAUCAUUAGAAUCAUUUUGGCUUCUCUCAAGAUCAUUUACAUUAUCUCCAACAAUUCGAGCUAGGGCUGAUGAGCUCAUUGCAAGAAAUCUUGAAGCUUCAAGAAUAAGAAAAACAAAUCAAGAUAAUCAAAUAUGCGGAAGAGAGUUUUAAAAUUUGUAAAAUCUCAAAGAUAAGAUGGAAUUGAUUGUAAAUAUUUUUCAUAUGGUACUCAAUGAUUGUAUUAUCCAUUAAUCAUUAUCGGCAUAUGUAACAGGAGAUAAUGUGUGAUUCUAUAAAUGUCUAUUUUGAAGUUUUUAAUUUGUAAAUAAAUUUUUUAAACAAUAUAAAGAAUGAAAGAGG